CAGCCCAAAAGUGCCAAAAUUUGGCACUUUACCCCUCCCAUUGACGAUGGUAUUAGGGUGUAUUGGAUGGUAUGAAUAUUUUCGAUACAAAAUUAUGCACAAAUGUAGAGAAAUGCUAGAAAUUCAGUCACGACCAACGCAUGAAAGAUCACAGACGGAAACAUAGGGCACGAAACUGAGGAGCGAGAUCGCAGCCUAUAUGCCAAUGAUCACGACCACGAAAAUGGAGGUCUCAGGGGCAAAGCUUGGAGCAGCCAAUAAGGAAGGAGCAAAAAGUUUUGAUAGUCGGCACGACCUUCUUUAUCUGAGUCCACGAGAAAGAUCGCAGCCACGAGAUUCGAAUCGCGACCGUGAACUAGGGUUGAGAAGUUCCCAACUUCAAAACGCAAUACGGCAAGCUCAAGAUCGUGGCUUUCCCUCCCAAGAUUGAGGCCGCAAACUUUUCCCCAUUGAAUGUGAACUUGCGCGAAUCCUAGAAAUCUAUAAUAGGGGGUUCCUCUCCCCUACUUGGAGAGAUGAAAUUGAUUGAAGAUUUCUAGUUUGAAGAUAGAGAAAGUUAAAGAGAAAAGCUGAAGGAAGGAUAAGAAGAGAAGGAGGAGGAGAAGAAGGAAGUGAGUUCUCCCACAUCAAUUCUUCUUCUGUUUUCUUCCAUGUAUCUUCUUCCACCCUUUAUCGGGGAAAAAAUCCAAAAUUACCACUGUUUUAAAAAAAAUUUACAAAAGUACCACCCAUUCCGAGGAAAUUCCAAAUCUACCACUUUUUAUUAAAAACCGCUCCACGCAGGGGCGGUUUACCAUGGAACCGCCUGCUAGACAAGCGGUUUGUCUUUUUCGGUAAAAACACCCUCCGAAGGAGCGGUUUUUAUGGCUGCCCUAGCACAAACCGCGUCCUUUGGGAGCAGUUAUGUGUCGGCAAGGUAAAAUGCUCCCCAGGGAAGCGGUUUACAUUGUCGACACAUAAACGCCCCCCUCCCCAGCGGUUUGUGCCUCGUCACCCGACAGCCGACAUGUCGGCAUGCAGGAGGUUGCAGGGGUGGGGGCUGCAUGCCAGACUAAAACCGCUCUCACUCCCCCCCCCCACCCAACGACGGUUUCCAGUGUAAAAUUUGCCUGUAAAAGGCAGGUCUAGAAAACUCAAAAUCAUCACUCCACUCCUUUUUCUUCUUCAAAUUUCAGUUGUGCACCUUUAAAUUAUUUAGUUUUUGCGUUAACGUUAAUUCAUAAGUUUGUUUUGUAUUACUUUUCAUUGUCAUUUGUGAUUUUUAUGGUAGUAACUUAAUUACAGUUUUAUUGCAUAUGGCAUUCCAAAAGUUUACGCUUUGGUUACGGUGGAAUGGUUACACGGAAGAGACCGGAAAGGGCGUAAGUUACGUGGGUGGAAGUUUUUAUAAAAUGAAGGUCCGUACGAGACCGAUGCUUGAAGAGCUCCAUCAGAUGUGCACUGAGGUUACCUGCAUGGAUGGCACUAGAAGAGUUGAUCGUAUGGUGUAUCGAUAUCCAAACAGACAUGGCGGGUCAUUGUGGAAUGAGGAAUUCAUCAUUACCACUCAAAAGGACGUUGAUGACAUGGUCCAAUUUUUGACCACCAAUAAGAUUAAACAAGUGUAGAUAUUCGUUUACACUGAGGCGGUCGAAGGCGGUGUAGGUCAUUCUGGAGAUGGCCAAACAUCUGGUAUCCACGGUUGAAGUGUAUUAUAUGCAAAUCAUCCCCACAAGGAGUACCAAGACCGGAGCUGGAGUCAGGAGUAUCAUGAUGGAACUAGAGGUCAUCAUCAAUCCUUCCCAGCAUAUGAACAAGAAGCUCAACAGGAGGAUGAGAACCAACAAGCAGGCUACCAGUACCAACCUGAGUACAACUUCUACCAAAGCGGCGUUAGUUACCACAACUACCAUUACGGAGCUGAUGAAGGUGAAGGUGUCUUUUCCAAGAUAUACACAUAAUUUCAUAAAACAAACAUACUCAAUUGAUUAAAUAACAUUUUAAACGAAUAAUAAUUUAAAGAGAUACAUAUUCAAAAAUUUGAAAUUAAUAAAAUUAAUUUUGUACACAUACACAUAAAUCGUAUUGGUUGUUUUAAAUAAUUUAAUCAUAUUGGCUGUUUUAAAUAAUUUAAUCGAAUACAAUGCAACACUCGUUAGACUCUUAGAAGAGGUAUACAUCAUUUUCGAAACACAUCCUUUUUGACAGAAAAAGGGGGAUCCGAGGAUCGCUUAAAACCCGAUUUUUCCCAGAAAAUGGGAGGAUCAUGAUAAUCGCUUAAAACCCCAUUUUCUUAGGCAUGCAUCUCUUUAUAAAUAGUCUAAGUAAGUGGCGCUAUGUAUUCGAUUAAAUUAUUGAAAACAACUAAUACGAUUAAAAAUGAUCAAAUUUAUUUUAUAUUUCACUAAGUACAUUAACAAAUUAAAAGAAAGACAAAUGAUGAAGAAUUGUAUGUACCUCGUGAUCAUUCCAAAUAUCCCUUGAGCGAUGGUUGGGUUGGCCGUACAAAACGGUUGGAUCACUAGGUCCUUGAUCAACAUAUUACUGUUGGCUGUAUAUAUCCACGUCGUCCCCAACAUACGAGAGAAUAACAACAACGUUAGUACAUAGAUCAAUUAAAAAGUUUAUAACAACAACAAAAAUUUGGUAAAAUGAGUACGUACCGCUUGAAAUUCAUCUUAAUAAACUCUCUCUUCUUGGAACCACUCGUCCAUUUUUUCGCGAAAGUCUGACAGAGAUUCGGCGGGUUUUGAAGGAAAAAGCAAAAGAAAUGUUUUCUGAUGGCAGAUCGGAUUAGCCGCAACCAACAGACCACUAUUUCCUAGGCUUUUGGGAUGAGAGGGGGAUGGAUAGAGAGAUAAUUUUAGAGAGAGAGAGAAGAAUGGGUUGUGGUGUGAAAAAAUAAAGAGGGGGAGGGGGUAUUUAUAGUCUUCAGACCGUACCCUCCAGGGGCGGUUUUGUAAUUUUACCAUUACCGAAACCGCACCUAGAUGGAGCGGUUCACAGAGUCUGAUGCGCAAACCAUUCGCCAGGCUCGCGGCCUUCGAUCACUGACGCGGAUCGCUGCGCUGGCGUGCGGUUGGCAUUUGGAUCACCGUCUAAUCCAACGGUGCUGGGGACCGGCGCGUCGGGAAUAAGGACCGCACGCUGACGAUGCGGUUUUGGGGAUGCCCUAGCGAGGACCGCUCCCUCGUUGUGCGGUUUCUACAUAAAACGCACCUUGAAAGGGGGGGGGGGGGGGGAAGAAAGGUGCUAUUUUUGGUAUUUGUGUGGGCUGGAUGCUAUUUUUGUAAAAAAAAAAUUAAAAGGUGCUAUUAUUGGAAAAAUCCCUAGUAUAGGGCAAGGGUGGCAUCCCGAAGUACCUUGCUUUUAUCUUAGUUUUUUCCACUAGUAUCUUUUAAUCAACCUCCAACCCAAUACCUAAACCGGUAGUGAGAAGUAACCUAGGGUAUCGAAACCCGUGGAAUAUGACCUUGGUAACCACUAUACUAGCAAUGUCAUUCUAAGUUAUACUUCUCAUAAUAGGGUAAUUAGGAAAGGUGUGCAAUCGAUUGACAACACGCGCAAGAGGGUGGUAGAAAGCCCAUCACCAGCUUUGUUAACAGAGAGAGGUAGUUUCAUGUUGUUUACGGAAACAACAAAAUAUUGUUUCACCUUGCUUAGAGAAUGACAGAAAACGUUAAUUACUAGUCAGCGCAAAUGAUAAAGUCAAGCUUUCCGCUCACUUUUUCAUAUUCUAACUAACUAAGCUAAAAUCCUCCUUUGAGAUGGAAAGUCCAAAGUACGCAGACAGACGAGUUACUUGGAUACUUUUCCUGAUAUCACUUUUCUCAUAUUUUCAACAAACAAAAUAGUUUUUUCUUAUGAAUGAGGUGAGAUAUUCGAAUGACAUUACUCACAAUUUUUUUUUAGAAUGAAUACUUAUAAUUACG